AUGUUCGAGACAUCCAAAGCAGCACAGGUCAUUGGGGAAAUUAGUAGAUACAAGCUGGACAUACUAGGAAUUAGCGAAUGCCUGAUGAGAGCUCGCUUCAACUCCAAGCACUGCAAACUCACCAUCAUCCAGUGCUAUGCACCAACUAACGAAGCGGAGGAGAAGGACAAAGAUGAUUGGUAUGAGUAGUUACAGCAGGCAGUCUCCAGAGAUCCUCAGCACGAUAUGUUACUGAUCAUGGGAGAUAUUAAUGCCAAAGUUGGCGAUGACAACUCCAACUGUGUGAGAGCUAUGGGAAGACACGGAUGCGGUGUGAUGUACAACAACGGCAAACGCCUUUUUGACUUCUGCCUGAACAACGACUGUGUAAUCGGCGGUACCAUCUUCCCACACAAAUCCAUUCACAAGCUCACAUGGAAGUCGCCUGAUGGUUCCACAAUCAACCAGAUAGACCACAUCCUGAUCACUGGAAAGUGGCGCAGGUCCCUCCAAGAUGUUCGAGCUUGCCGCGGAGCCGAUGUGAACAGCGACCACUACCUACUAACUGCCGUAGUUAAGCUGAAGUUAAGGGAGGUGGCAAAGAAGAGCAAACACAGACAACACCUUGAUGUAGCAAAGCUGAAAUGGCCUAACACCAACAGAGAUUUCGGAAUAGAGCUGAGAAACCUCCUCAGUGCCUUUUCCCGACUAUACAGAAGACCCAGACCCAGAUAUUAA